CAGAUCCAGGAGUUCUCCCACCAGAGCUCUGUUCUUUAGUUCCCCUCCUCUGGCUGUUUCUUUCUCAGAGGCCAUCCUCCAAGAUGAGCCGGCAGUCCUACAGUAUCAGGGCAGGCAGUGGAGGAGGCAGUGCUGGCAAAGGUUUCAGCACAGCCUCCGCCAUUAUCCCGAGUGCAAAUAGAUCUGGUUUCAGCUCACUUUCUCUUGCCCGAGCUGGUGGAGGUGGUCUUGGUGGUGGAGGAGGGUUAGGAAGGAUUACGAUUGGUGGUGGUGGCAGUGGUGGCGGUGGUGGCUUUGGCAGCAGGAGUCUUUAUAGUCUUGGUGGUGCUAAAAGAAUAUCAAUUAGUAGAAGUAGUAACCUACGCAGUGGAUUAGGUGGAGGUGGAGGAUUUGGUUUUGGUAGCGGAUCUGGCAGUGCAUUUGGUUUCGGUGCAUUAGCUGGAGGUAGUGGCUUUGGUUUUGGUAGUGGUGGUGGUGGAGGAGGAGGAGGAGGUGGUGGAUAUGGCUUUGGUGGGGGGCUUGGUGCAGCUAGAAGUUCUCUAGGCUUUGGUGGUGGUGUUAUACCUGGGGCUGGCACCAUCCAAGAAGUGACCAUUAACCAAAGUCUCCUAGCCCCGCUCAAUUUAGAAAUUGAUCCAGCCAUCCAAGAGGUCCGGAAAGAAGAGAAGGAACAAAUUAAAACUCUCAACAACAAAUUUGCUUCUUUCAUUGAUAAGGUUCGAUUCCUGGAACAGCAGAACAAAGUUCUGGAGACCAAGUGGACUCUUUUGCAGGAUCAAGGUUUUAAAUCUGGUGGUAACAAGGGCAAUCUUGAUCCGCUCUUUGAAGCCUACAUCAAUAACCUAAGGAAACAGCUCAGUGGCUUGAUCAACGAGAAAGGGCGACUGGAUGGGGAACUUAGGAACAUGCAGGAUAUUGUUGAAGACUUCAAGACAAAAUACGAAGAGGAAAUCAAUCGGCGUACCUCUGCUGAAAAUGAGUUUGUUAUGCUCAAGAAGGACGUGGAUGCUGCAUACAUGAACAAAGUAGAAUUGGAAGCCAAAGUGGAUUCCCUAACUGAUGAGCUCAAUUUCCUGAGGGCCCUCUAUGAAGCGGAGUUGGCUCAAUUGCAGGCACAGAUGUCUGAUACCGCUGUCAUCCUCUCUAUGGAUAACAACAGGGAUUUGGACCUAAAUGGCAUCGUCUCUGAAGUGAAAGCACAAUAUGAAGACAUCGCCAACAGGAGUCGUGCAGAAGCAGAGGCCUGGUACCAAACCAAGUUUGAGGAACUCCAAGCAACUGCAGGGAGACAUGGUGAUGACCUACGAAACACUAAAGGAGAAAUUUCAGAGCUCAGUAGGCUGAUUCAGAGGCUACGGGCAGAAAUUGAAAAUGCCAGGAACCAGUGUGCCAAUCUGCAGACAGCCAUUGCAGAUGCUGAGGAUCGAGGUGAGUUGGCUCUCAAAGAUGCCAGAGCCAAGCUCAUUGAGUUGGAGGAGGCUCUCCAGAAAGCUAAGGAAGAAAUGGCCCGGCUGUUGAGGGAGUACCAAGACCUCAUGAAUGUCAAGCUGGCUCUGGAUAUUGAGAUUGCCACGUACCGAAAGCUGCUGGAAGGCGAAGAGAGCAGGCUCUUUGGAGAGGGAGUUAAUCCUGUCAGUAUCUCUGUUGUGAGCACCGGUGGUGGAGGUGGCGGCGGAGGUGGAGGUGGUCUUGGAGGAGGACUUGGAGGUCUUGGUCUUGGUCUUGGAGGAGGAGGUGGCGGCGGAGGUGGUUUUGGUCUUGGAAGUGGUUUCAAUCUUGGAGGAGGUGGCAGCCUUGGAAGUGGACUUGGUUUUGGUUAUGGUGGUGGCAGUGGUGGGGGGUUGGGUUUUGGAGGAGGAAGUUUCAGUUCUGGGAGUGGGAAAGGCAUUGGGGCAGGAAGUAGUUCUGGUGUGAAAAUUAUCUCCAAAACAUCUACUAGCCAAAAAAGUAUCAAAAGCUAAAAUGUACAGAAUACUUCCUUCCCCUCCCCCCAAAAAAAUAUGAGCAAGGGAAAAAACCACAUAUAUGCUCCCAUCUUUUGUGGGAAUUAGUAACGGUGCCAUGCUAAGCAGCUCUCUCCAUGGCUCUGGAAAACCCACUUCUUUAUUACUCUUUACUAUCUGGCCUCCUCAUCCAUUCUGUUCUAUUUUUCCUCCACUUCACCUACCCCCUUUUAACCUCUGCAUCUUCUAUGCCUUUUUACAAUUUUAACUACCACUUAUGAUGAACUGCUAUGAACCAUCUGAAUGACACCACUGAGCAUUAGUAGAAGUCAUACCUAUCUGUCAGAAAAUAGAUAGGUUUUUAGAGCUGCUCUUUGCCUAUAGAUUUGAUUUUGGCCCUCCUGAUAUCCAACCUGAACUAAAGUGUCACAAAGAUUCCUAGUGAGAGCAUUUCUAUUUUAA